AUGAGGCGCCGUGAGGCGGAGUCUGCAGCCCGCUUCUAUAUGGCGGGUAUCCUAGUGGGCCUGUUUGGUCUUCUCCUCUCCUGCGGCUACAGCUUCGGUCUCUUUCACGCACCGGACAAGGUGGAGCAGCUAAACGCCGCUAUCCGCGCCGUGGAAGGGAGACAGGUAGCGUUGCUGCUGGAUUCAGUAUUCUCGAACGGGACCCGCUUCGACGCCAAGGGCCACAUGCACCCUCUUUACUCGCUCGCGUGCGUCCAGGAAGAGGAGACGGAGGAGGCGCGGCGCAUGAUCCGCAACGUCGCGCGCCGGUUCCGUACCGAGCCGUUUGACAUCGGCUACGCUUACCACCCCUUGACCGCCGCUUACCGGCACCACCGCUACGCCGUAGCACAGGCGCUUAUCGAAGAGUGGCGGCGUCCCGUGCCUGACGUGAGCGAGGAAGAAGCGGUGAUGGACGAGGUGUACGCCUCCUCCCUCACAGUGUCGGAGCUGCAGCGUGUGGACCCGAGCGUGCACGUGUAUUGCCGCGACGCGGAUGCGGCACGAUGUCGUGCGCUCGAUCCCGAGCGCAUCCGCGACGCGUCGAACAGCCGCCUUGAAGCGGCCUACAGGCAGCGCUUUGGUCAAACACAGGAGAUGCCGGCUGUGACGCCGUACCGCGACACAGACAUGCCAUCGAAGAUAGUAGCCCCCGCGUCGACGGUUCGGGCUGCGUUCUGGGACGAUCCGUUCCGGCCAGUCGUCCCCGACCUGCUGCCCCCACGCACCGCGAUGAUGAUGAACCCUGGCUACUUUGACAGCGUGCUGGAUCAGCUCUCCUACACACUGCUAGGGCACAUGGAAGGAUCGUCAACGGUGGUGGCGUUUGUCUUGUUUGCCAUGUGCACAAUGUGUUUAUUCCUCGGUACGUGGUGUGCAGGCGUGUCCUACUGGCUGCUGCACUACACUUGA